AGCUGCAGUGACGCUAAUUGUGUGCGCCAAAUUGUGGCGGCCCCGCUGCCCAGCAACAACUAACAUCACGCAGCGGGCAGGCCAGCUAGGAGGCAGUGACAGGGCGCUGUGCAUUCCAGUAUCGUUCUCAUCCCACUCAAAGUCCUGCGAGCAGAGCCAUGCCGUAGGGGCCCUGACCAUGAAUAAGUACGUGAGAGUCAGCAAGAUCGGAGAAGGUUCCUUUGGAAAGGCCAUUCUGGUGAAAUCUAAAGAUGAUGGCAAGCAAUAUGUCAUCAAAGAAAUCGGCAUCUCCAAGAUGUCAAACAAGGAGAGGGAGGAAUCCAGGAGGGAAGUUGCUGUGUUGGCAAAUAUGAAGCAUCCAAAUAUUGUCCAAUACCAAGAGUCAUUUGAAGAAAGUGGAUGUCUUUACAUUGUGAUGGAUUAUUGUGAAGGAGGGGACCUAUUUAAAAGAAUAAAUUCACAGAAAGGGGUUUUGUUUUCAGAAGAUCAGAUCCUGGACUGGUUUGUGCAGCUGUGCCUGGCUCUAAAGCAUGUACAUGACAGGAAGAUUCUGCAUCGGGACAUAAAGUCCCAGAAUAUCUUUCUAACAAAAGGUGGUACAAUACAACUGGGUGAUUUUGGAAUAGCACGGGUGUUAAACAGCACUGUAGAGCUGGCUCGCACCUGUAUAGGAACUCCGUACUAUCUGUCUCCUGAGAUAUGUGAAAACAGGCCAUAUAACAACAAGAGUGAUAUUUGGGCGCUGGGCUGUGUUUUGUAUGAAAUGUGCACCCUCAAGCAUGCGUUUGAAGCUGGCAACAUGAAGAACUUAGUACUGAAAAUAAUCCGAGGCUCCUAUCCCCCUGUGUCUGUGCAUUAUUCUUAUGACCUACGCAAUCUGCUCUCAAUGCUUUUUAAGAGGAAUCCUAGGGAUCGUCCAUCUGUCAACUCCAUAUUGGAGAAGCCUUUUAUAUAUAGACGUAUUGAGAAGUUUUUGUCCCCACAGCAUAUUGCUGAAGAGUUUGGCCUGGGAGCCUUUGUGAAUCACCCCAAACCUGGGAUCCAAGCUGCAGCAGCCAAAAGACCAACUCCAGCACAAGUGGUUCCUGCUUCCCCUCCUGCUCACAAAAUCACUAAACCUGCUGCUAAAUACGGAGUGCCUUUAACAACAAAAAAAUCUUCAGAUGCUGCAAAGAAGCAUCAUGAUAAGAAACCCCAAAUCAGACACAGACAGGCCCCAGCAGUACCACUGAAGAAAGUGAAUCCUGUAGACGAAAGGAGGAAAAUGUUUGAGGACGGGGCCAAGAAAAAAAGGAUGGAUGUUAGACAACUGGAGAAGGAAAAAAGACAACGGGAACAGUUUAAUCUACUAAGGGCCGAACAGAUGAGGAGACUGGAAAAGGAAAGGUUGGAGCGAAUAAAUCGUGCACGAGAGCAAGGCUGGAGAAAUGUAAUCAGCUCAGGAGGAAGCGGAGAUAUUAAGGCACCUUAUUUUGGUGGAGGGGGAGGUGUAGCACCCCCACAAGGCAUGGGUAGAGGUCCCUAUGAGCAUUACCAUUCCAUUUUUGAUCAGAUGCAGCAGCAGAAGGAAAACAUCAAAGCAGCAGUGGAAAAAGAGGUGAAACUAAAGGCAGAUAUCCAAAAUCCUGACACUUAUAGCAGAGUUCCUAAGCAUCCUGAACAAGAAAAUUGUCCUUCAGCUCAUUCUCCAUUCCCAGAUGGUGAUGCAGUGAGAAGGGAACUGAAGAGGCUGCAAGAAGUACACAAUCAAGCCAUUGGCAACAAGAUUCAAGGACACGUUUCUGCAGAAAAGGCAAGACAGGUUGAAGAGUUUUUGCAACGGAAGCAUGAAGCAAUGCAAAAUAAGGCUCGAGCAGAGGGACAUAUGGACGCAGUGCACAACCUGGCAGCUAUCUGUGGAGGCAGGCCAAAUUCUGCAGGAGGAGGCAAGGCACGCAACAGAGAAGAAAAGGAGUAUUUAGCAAGACUUAGACAAAUCAGACUCCAGAAUUUUAAUGAGCGACAACAAAUAAAAGCCAAGCUGAGAGGGGCAAAGGGGGAUGAAGGUGACGCAGAUGGUAAGGAAAGCAGUGAAGACGCUGAACUAAGAAGAAAGAAAAUUGAAGCUUUGAAGGCUCAAGCAAAUGCACGAGCUGCUUUAAUAAAAGAAGAACUUGAGAGAAAGAGAAGAGAAGCAGAUAAAAGAGAGAAGAGACUAUGGGAAGAGCAUCUGGCGUUAAAAAAUCCUAAUGUGCCUUGUAAUGCAGUUGGGGCAGCACCUGGUUCCCCCAAACAUUCACAUCUUGACGUUGGGGGAUCACCUGUCCGAGGGCAUCCUCAUGCGAAACCCAGCACACCUGCCAUAUCUAUGACUUCAGCGCUAAGGAAUGUUGGGGCUGAAGGCGAAGAUGCAGGUCUCAGGGAUCCAACAGAGGGCUCCAAAACAUCAGACACCUCAGUACAAAAUGAAAAGCGGCAAAUACUCCGCCGAUUAAAUAAUAACAUGAAAUCUCAGGAAGAAACAGAAGCCACAAACCCGCCAACAGAGGAAAAUGGAGUGCAAACCAAUGGCGAGGAACAGCAAGAGAGUGGUGAGCCUCUGGCAGUAGACAGAAAGAAGUGGCAGGCCGAGCCUCCUCCUGUUAUCCCUCUUUCCCAGCUCACACUUGUAGAGGAUACAGUGUUCCCAUUGGACAAUCUAACAGUUGGAGAUGUCAUCAAACUGGAUGUGGAAGAACCCCAGAGACGACUGUGGGGGAAAGAUCCUGGUGAUUCUGUGUUAAAGGUACUCGGUGAGGCCAAACUCCAGCUUCAAACAGAAUUGCUUCAAGUAACAAUCGAUGAACAGUGCCAUGAAGAAGCAGAUGAAGAGAAGGAAAACCCUGACAUGCGGGACAAUUUGUUAAAUAAAGUUUCACCCACUGAGGGAAAGGCUUUAAUUUUGCCUAAUAGAGAGGGAAUGCCACAGCCAGAAGUGUCUCCACUUGUAGAAGAGGAAUCCUCCGUGCCCCUUGUUGCCUUUAACCAAGUAGAGAUCCAGUCUAAUGAAGAUCCUGAAGAUUUGGAGACUGAGAUACUUGAAGAAACAGAAGGCAAGGAGAAAGAGGGCAAUGAGUGCCCAGUCCACGUUACAAAUGUUUGGACUGAGCAGACCAAACAAGAAAGUGAGGGACAGGACGCUGUUGAAUGCGAGCAACCAAAUGAAGAUGCCAAACUGGAUACUGAAUGCUCAGAACAAGAGCAAAAUAUAGAGAAUCAGUCAAAUAGAGAGUCAAGUGUACCCAAAGCUUUAUUUGAAAAGGUGCCACUCCCUCAAAGUGUAGUCACUCCAACAUUCUCUGCCCAGUCAUCCUUCGAUGAUUCCUUACCGCCUCGUUCUCGAUCAGCUUCUCCAACCAAAACCAAAGGCAAAUCAGCACUGCUGAUUGGACUCUCUGCUGGUUUAUUUGAUGCAAACAACCCAAAGAUGCUGCGCACAUGUUCGUUGCCCGACCUUAGCAAAUUAUUCAAGACCUUUGUGGAUGAGCCCACAGUGGCUGAUGUAGAAGGGGAGGAGCAGUUGGAAAUAGAAGAUAUAGAGGAUGAACCUGUUCAGGAUGCGGAUCACUCUGAUUCAGAGGACACCAUGUUUGGGGAGACAGACCGAGAUUUACAGGAAAUGCAGGCAUCAAUGGAACAACUAUUGAGAGAGGAGCCUACGGAAGAUUACUGCGCAGAGAAAGCAACCCAUUUAAACUCAGAACCACCAGCAGGAAUCAAAGAGGAAAAUAUUGAGUCUGCCAUUAUUAAUGGGGCAGAGGAGGAGGAGGAGGAAGAUGAAGAAGAAGAAGAUGGAAAUCAGCCAAGUGGUGAAAGUGUCAUUAAUGAAGAAUGGCAUUCGGAUGAUAGCAGUGAGGACUUUGCCAGUGAAUGUGAUGAUGGUGAUAGCCUUUUUGCCCAUCUGGAAGAAAUGAGGUUUAAACUGGAACAAGAGAUUGGUUUUGAAAAAUUCAUAGAAGUCUACAAUAAAAUCAAGGCUAUACACGAAGAUGAGGAUGAAAAUAUUGAUAGUUGUUCAACAGUCGUGGAGAAUAUUCUAGGCUGUGAGCACCAGCAUUUGUAUCCCAGAGUCCUUCGCCUAGUGAUGGCAGAUGGAGCUUAUCAAGAAGAUAAUGACGAAUAAACCCAACUCAGGAACCUCACAUACCCUACAUGCUGCUUUCAAUGAAAAGGAAUUCAGAUCCUUCAGAGACACUGCAGUUACUGAUUUUAUAUAUGUCAGAAGAUGAUUGAUCUAUGUUUGCAAUCUGCAUGACUAGGGGAAAUAGCCUUUAAAUAUCCUGUUAUUUAUCUUCAUUUUGGUUGCGUUAUGCUAUAGAUAGGUUAAUUCAAAUACUUUCUGCAGCCUGAUUAUUUCAUGAGACUAAAAUUAGUGGUUAGCCAGCCUUUUAUAACAACUUGACAAGUUUUCCACCAUGCAAGGGCCAUUAAAGGGCCCCUACACCCUUUACAGGGGAAUUCAUUAGCUGGUAUAGGUUUUACAUAGGAACAAAAACGUAGAGCAGGCAAUCAUGAAAUGCCUGUUUACGUGGGAUUUCAUCUGUUCCUGCUCUAUGUUUAUGUUCCCAGUUCAUCACCUCUUGCUGAAGGUCUGGGGCCUGAGCACCUGGAUCCCACUUGGGGGAAAUUGCUAACUUCUAGACCAGCUAUGCUAUGGAGCAUUCCUUUAAAGGAACAGGAACAGCAAAAAAUGAAAAUACAUUACAUUAUAAUUACUUUAAAACAUUUUUUGGUGUUACUGUUUCUUUAAGCUCUGCGUGGCUUAUGAGAAGUGAAGGCAGUGAGCAGCCAAUUUUUAGACAUGGAUUCAACUGCUAACGAUUCUGUGUCAGGCAAAAUAGUUAAACAAUGGAGUUUAUUAGUAUGGAGUUAACAAGAAUAGAGAAUCUGGCUAUCUUCUUCCUAGAGCAACACAUUUUAGUAUAACAAAUCCCAAAACUAUAACUAUUUAAGCUAAAAUAACAAGCAGAAUACAUUUCCGAUACCUAUUUAUUGGGCUUAUGUUGAACUUUGUGCAUAUUUUUCCUGCUUCCAUUACUUGAUGUGCCACCUAGAUUCCUCAGGUUUUUAUUAAACUUUCAUAACUGUCAUAACCCAGCAGGUAAGGGCUAGAGAGGUACGAGCUGGGCAUCCUGUAUACCUAAAUCUUACAACAUUGGAGGGCCAUACUUACCCAUGCCUGCCUUACAAGCAUCCCUCUCAUAUAUAUAUCUUGUUUAGUUAAAGGGGAGUAUGAUUCUUAUGAAUGAAUCUCUGUUUACAGAAUGUGCCCAGCAGGUUAAAAUAUAUUAGCUUUUACAGCCUCAGAGAUGCUUAGGUUUAAUGUGAUUGUGGCUCUCAAUCAGUGUGACUUGCAGUACUGCUUUUCACCUGCUGCUGGCAGCAAAUCUCCCGCACAGGCAGCCGCAGAACAGUGUCCGUAUGUAAUGAUAAUCUGUAGGGGAAUACUGAUGACUGCCGUGCUGUAACAAUAGAAAGGGGCAUUACACAACAAUUGCAUUUCUGCUAGUUUUUAUUUAUUGUGCGUAACUGAUCCCCUGGGUUCCACCAACACUAGUAUACAGGCUGUAGAACUGGAUCAUAUACACUGACAAUCGGUUUGUGCAUGUGAGGAAUAUUUUCAGUAUGGCAUCAGCCCCAGUGCUACAGUGCUAUGUUUGUGUCUGCUUUGCUCUGUACUGUGUGAGCUGGUACUAUGGCACUAACUACACUCAGGCCCGAGUGCUGCCAAUCUGCACCCCAUCCUGGCGCUAAAAAUCCCCAAUAGAACCAACCAUCAUACAGGAAUACUCCUUGGGGAACUGGCUCUUCUCUCUUCUGAUAAAUAUUUCCUGCUGUCUGCUUAAAAGAGGUAUAAAAUGGCAUUGGCAACAUAAUGCUGAUACAGAUUUAUUUUCAAAUGUAAUUAGUUUAAUAAUGGAACUCUAAAGUUGCAAGUUUAUAUUUAUUGUGCAGAAAAUCAAAAUACUAUUUAAAAGUACUGUUUCUAUUUCUUUGCAGGUGAUGGCAAAAGAAUACAUUUAUUCAAUAAAUGUAUUCUUUUGCUUAUCACUAAAGACCUGUGAAUUUCCAGACUCCUGUACUAAUGCACUCUACUGCAUUAAAUAAGAUUACAUACCUUAUUUACAUACCUUAUUUAUUGCAGUAGAGUGCACACUUUUUGCUAUAUAUAUAUAUAUAUAUAUAUAUAUAUAUAUAUGUGUGUGCAUAAAAUAUUCCAGUUGUAAUUCCAGGGACGGGGGGCUGUUCUAAAUAAAAAAUCACACACACAAGAAGCAUUCUGAUUACAAAAUAAAUAUGACUGUGUGCAUCACUGUCUAGGGGGGAAAUAGGAAAAGAAAUGAUUUGCUAUAGAGUAAUGUUUGCCUUUACUUUGCAUUAAUGUUUAUGCGCCAAUGUCAAGAGCAGUGAUUGUCUUCCACUGGGGGAGGCUCUGCUUUCUCUAAACCAAACUGGUUUCCAUGUUUGUGCAACUGAUCUUGCCUUAUUUGUAUUCCUGUUUGUAUUCUUCCUAUCAACUUUAUUUUUUUUUUUUUAUUUCUCCCAGUUUAAUAUUCUUCUUACAUUCCAUUAUCUCUAUAGAACAGCACAGCAUGCAUGCAGCCAGCUUUGUUCCCUCAGAAUAGCUCCCCACCCUCAUCCUCGUCACUUUAGCUGAUGCCAUUGAAUUGCACUAUUCCUCCAUACAUGGUGUUCAUUCCCAGCCUCUCUUCAAUAUUCCAGGUGUAUGUUAGAGCCCUUGUGUUAUACCAGGUCUAACACCAUACCCAAUUAGCUUUAAAUUCUGUUUAAGUAGAGGUCUUGGAAAUGAACAUUUGACUUUUGCAGAAAGGGAUAUAUAGACUACAAAGCUGAAACAAAGGGUUUAAUUAUUUAAGAAUCUUGUAACACAAGUUGAAGAAAUUAUUUCUAACACUAAUAAAGACAACAUUUUGUUAUGUA